GCGGCGGCACCUGGCGGGCGCGCAGAGCGGGCGGGCGGCGGGACGGGCUCCGCGCCGCGCGUAGGGCGGUGGCAGCGGAGCGGAGGAGGCUGCGCUCGGCCGGGAGGCGCUCCGCGGGAGGGACCUGCGCAUCCUCGCCGCGCCUCGCAUCGCCUCGGCGGGCGGAGGCACCGCCAGCGCCCGCCGCUCGCAUCCCUCGGCUGAGGCGGAGGAGAGCAGGAGAAGCAGCAGGAGGAGGAGGAGGAGGAUGAGCCGCGCGGUGCUGGCCUGGCUGGCGCUCUGCGGGAGCCUGGCGGCGCCGCGCCCCGCCCGAGCGGAUGUGUGCGACUCCAACCCCUGCCAGAACGGUGGCAUCUGCCUGUCAGGGCUCAAUGACAACUUCUACUCCUGCGAGUGUCCCCAGGGCUUCACGGACCCCAACUGCUCCAGCCUUGUGGAGGUUGCCUCCAUUGAAGAGGACCCAACUUCAGCAGGACCCUGCCUUCCCAAUCCAUGCCAUAAUGGUGGGAUAUGUGAAAUUAGUGAAGCAUACCGAGGCGACACAUUCAUAGGCUAUGUUUGUAAAUGUCCACAGGGAUUUAAUGGGAUUCACUGCCAGCACAAUGUGAAUGAAUGUGAAGCUGAACCCUGCAGGAAUGGUGGAAUCUGUACAGAUCUUGUUGCCAACUAUUCCUGUGAAUGUCCUGGUGAAUUUAUGGGAAGGAACUGCCAGCAGAGGUGCUCUGGCCCACUAGGGAUAGAAGGAGGGAUUGUGUCAAACCAACAAAUCACUGCAUCUUCCACUCACCGAGCUCUUUUUGGACUCCAGAAGUGGUAUCCCUACUAUGCACGGCUUAAUAAGAAGGGUCUUGUGAAUGCCUGGACUGCUGCAGAAAAUGACAGAUGGCCAUGGAUUCAGAUAAACCUGCAGAAGAAGAUGCGAGUCACUGGAGUUAUAACCCAAGGUGCCAAGAGGAUUGGAAGUCCAGAAUACGUAAAAUCUUAUAAAAUUGCCUACAGUAAUGAUGGGAAGUCAUGGACGAUGUACAAAGUAAAAGGCACAAAGGAAGACAUGGUGUUCCGUGGGAACGUGGACAACAACACCCCGUACGCCAACUCCUUCACGCCGCCCAUCAAGGCCCAGUACGUCCGGCUGUACCCCCAGGUGUGCAGGAGGCACUGCACCCUCAGGAUGGAGCUGCUUGGCUGCGAGCUCACAGGUUGCUCUGAGCCCUUGGGGAUGAAAUCAGGACACAUCCAGGACUUCCAGAUCACUGCCUCCAGCGUUUUCCGUACCCUCAACAUGGACAUGUUCGCCUGGGAGCCCAGGAAAGCCCGGCUGGACAAGCAAGGCAAAGUUAAUGCCUGGACCUCCGGCCACAAUGACCAGUCACAGUGGUUGCAGAUUGACCUACUCAUCCCUACGAAGAUCACUGGGAUAAUCACCCAAGGAGCUAAAGAUUUUGGCCACGUCCAGUUUGUGGGAUCCUACAAGCUUGCUUACAGCAACGACGGGGAGCACUGGAAAAUAUACCAGGAUGAAAAGCAGAAGAAGGACAAGGUGUUCCAGGGGAACUUUGACAACGACACGCACCGCAAGAACGUCAUCGAGCCGCCGAUCUACGCCCGGCACGUGCGCAUCCUGCCCUGGUCCUGGUACGGCCGCAUCACCCUGCGGUCCGAGCUGCUGGGCUGCGCAGCCGAGGACUGAGCCCGCCCUGCUCCUGCUGUAGAAGAAGCUUGUAGGAUGCUGAGUGGGGUUUUUCCAUGAACCAGUGCUCGCUCAUUUUUAUGGUAGGCCGCUAGCUGUCUUUCGCCAGGAGGUCUAAGCCUGCCCUUUUAAAACGAUCCAAUCCGGUUUCUUUGCCCUUGAAAUCUGUUGGUGUUGUCCCUUCUGCUGUGGAAUUAUCCUCCUAGUUCUCCUUUGGGUUGUUCACCACCAGUUGAAACGCGUUGAGGGAAAAAGAGAAAGGAAAAAACAAAAAAACAGCAGCAUCCUUUUUACAAGGGAAGAGAAAUAGUGUGACGAAGCUCAUUUGCAGCUUCAGGAACAUUGGGCUGACGAGUUUUCCAUAAAUUAUACCACCGUCUUACUUGCAAAAAGUGAUACUGCAGCUUUUAGCAAUAAGUUUACUUGGGGAUGACUGCAUUAUAGUAAUUGUGCCUAUCAAACACUGUCAGUUCUUACGACAUAUAUUUUGGGAAAUUUUCCAUGGUACUGUUAAAACAUGGUACCUGUGAUGUUAUGAGCUACCUUUCACCACUUUCAUCCAGACAGAAGAGUCCAUGCACCUGGAGGGUUUUCCUAACUGCCCCAUUUUCCUUCUCAAUUUUGCAUGCUGUAGACACGGCCUCCAUCUUUUUUCUGUUUAGUAUCACACUGUGCUGGUGUUGUUUUCCUUGGAAGAUGUCACCUGUUUGCAUAUGUAACCAAAUCUGUGUAUUAUGAAGCUAAUGAAUUUGCCAAAGUUUAUGAAUUCUCAAAGUUUCUGUGCUUUUUCUCGGAGACCAAGGUGAGGCACCAGGGUACUUGUGGUGUCUCAUCUUGGGUGCCCACACAUUCCAUCAGAAAUCCCAUUCCAGGAUGAUUUCUCCAGGGGUGAGCACACAGCCCCAGACUGUGACCUGCCCACCCCAUCACUGCUUUCACAAAUGUUCCAAAUUCCAGCGAGGAGGAAAAUGUGGGGUGAAGGAACCAGGUGCUAAAAGACACACUGGAGGAAUGACUCCCUUACUGCCAGGAAACCCUCUCUCUUUGGGCUCUUCCUAAAGUCACAGCUUUCCUCCCCAAAAUGUAAGAGGUGACGUAGGAGCGCACAAAAACCUGGCACUUGUCACCCUCUGCUCCUAAAAAUUCUUUUCAGACACACACCAGUGAGCCACGAGGAGGCUGUAUUUCCUAUCAUACCCCAUCUACAGGAAUGCUUUCACACACAGCAUGAUAGCAACCCCAGCUUAAAAAGUAGAUUUUAGGAGGAAAAGUGGAGAAGUAGGGGGGCAUUCUCCCCCAUGCCUCAGUUUCCCCUGAUGAUUGAGAUGACAGCACCAAUGUUUGAAGAGCAAUCCAAGUUCCCUUGGAGUAAAGUGCUCUGUGACUACGUUAGAGCAGCACCUCAGACUAAAAAAGAUCCCGGGACGGGGAGUGAGGGGACGUUUUAUCUGUUACCUGAAACAACAGCACUUGGGAUUACUGCCAACCUUUUAAUUUCAUAACAUGCUGAUGUGGAGAGAAAGAGAGAAUGAGAGAGAGAGAGAGAGAGAGAGAGAGAGAGAGAUGCAGCUGCAUGUUUUAGCAAAUGUCACUGAACUUAUAUUUUCUGUCACUGUUCCAUUCUCACCAAAACUCUGAACUUGGGCACUGCUUCCCAGGCCAGCAGCUAGCUGGCCCACAAUCUGCAAAGGGCAAAGUUUACCUUGGAAACAAAAUGGUUUGGAUUUCGGAAAAAACCUGCAUUUAAUCACACAUUCUCCACCACAGACUAAAUAUAUAUUAUCCAUUGAACUGUGAAAGACUCUAGAAUAGCAGCCAGGAAUUUUACAUACAAGAAUUGGGGAUAUAAUGGUGGCGGUUUUCUGAUAGUGUCACUUAAACUGUCACAUUUUAGCAAACAGAACACCCUGCCUCUACAAAAUGACUUAAUCCUUAAACUGUAUUUAUACAAGUAUUUAUUUUAUAAGGCUUAGACAUUUAAAGACUUCUAAAGAAGAGUCCUGUAAAGGUAAAAGUAUGUGUAAGAAAUGUUGAGGUCCUGUGCAACACUGCUAAGUUUGUUCUUUAUUUUUUACUUUGUGCUGCAUAACAAAAGCCACUAGACUGUUACUGUCUUGUCUGUAACUGUGUUAACAGCAUUCCUUAAUGAUGUAUAUAUGGAGUGGUCUUCAAGCAAAAGGAGCAAUUUUAAAGAGAAAGUCAAUCACUUUGGUGGUACUUCUAACGAGAAAAAAAAAAUCUGAAUAAUGGAGGACAAGUCUAUCCCUACAUUAUCUGCUGCCUAUGUUUUGCAAUUUAAACUUUAGAUUAAAAAGAAAAAAAAAAAAAAAAAGAAAAAUAUGAAAACUCGUCUUUAGAGUAUCAACACACAAUACUUUAAGAGGUUUAAAUACAUUUUCCUAUUACGGGAGACCAGUUGACCCUGAAUUUAAUUACAGAUAUGAAGAAUAUCGUGUAGAUAUUUCACUAACUGACUGUAUUCAAAAAACAGAAGGCCAUAACAGAAAAUUAGACUUGCUAGUUUAAAAACUUGUGUAAAUGUUCUUUGGAAAUAUUUGGUUUCUGUUCUUAAUGUUGGUGGGUUUUUUUUCAUGUAAUUCCUCUUUUGUGACUUCAGUUUUGCUUUUGAAUUAAUAUUUCUUGGUUUAGUAAAUUAAUUGCAACCCCUUCAUCUGCAUAUAGAGUUUUCAUGUAACACAAUAGUUUUAAUUUGGCACUAAUUUUGUGCUGAGUAUUUCCACCCUCAUGUCCUGGGUCAGCUGUCAGCAGUCUUCACGAGAAUAGCUCUACACCUUGUGAUAACACUCUACAGCAAUUCAUUUAAAAAUCAUAUAUCUGACGCCAUUACAAUUUCAACCUGCAUGCUAGGAGCUUUUCCAAUUACAUUAUUCCCCAUGUACCAAAAAUCCUUCUUGGAAUGGCAUUUCUAGCACCAAAUUCUGCUCCCAAUGCCAGCAGUAUCAGUCUGAAAUAGCUCCUGGUUUAAGUGGAAUCCUUCAGAUUCAACAAAGCAGGUGGGAAUCAGAUUAGGGCAUAGAAUUAAACUCUUUCAAUUUGAUUUUAUUCUGUUGUCUUUCAUUGCAAUAAGGGGCAAGUUAUAAAUUAACACAACUGUUUUCUCCCAGUGAAAGCAACCAGCCCCAAAAAACCAGAAGUGCAGGAUAGGAGAUGUCCCUUAAGAGAGGACAGAGAAAAGCUCGGAAAUUAUCCUUCUGUAUUAAAUGUUAACAAUGACAUUGAACAAGGCCAAAAGUGUUCUCCUAAUUAAAUUUCACCCUAAAACAGUCAAGUAUUUGUAGGCAAGCUUCACCUUUAUGUUGCUAGGUAAUGUGCUACAUUUAUAGCCUGGGAAAUAAAGCACUGGCAUGAGGCUCCUUUUUAUCGGCGUUCGGGACCCGUUCCCCCACUGGCUCUGGAUCCAAGGUUGACUUUCUCUUUUGGAAUGGCUCCAUACAAAUUAAGUGUCAGUUUUGAAGACUAAGGAUACUAAAUGAGUGUAUCUUUGCUAUACAACCAAUGUGAACUAUAAUAUUUCAGUGCUGGCUUCUGAUGUGUCAGUAAGUACAGAAGUAUCUCGGACACAAACAACCUUUGCAACCUUUCAAGCUGUGUGAUAUUCAAAUGGUUUUGUAUAUACCUAAAUCAUGUAGAGCGAUGUAAAACCAGUACGACCUUGUCUAGUCUUCAAACUUAACAAUAAAACUUUUGAAAAAUGA